GAGCUGGCGGAUGUGUUGAUGGUGGGGGAGCGGCGGUGAGCGAAGGAGGUGAAGCGGCUGAAGCUCCGGGAGAUCAAACAAUGGCGUCCGAGAGACCGAUUCCUCAGCUGAUGGAAAGCUUCAAGCCGGCCGGCGCUAACACGGGCGGGGCCGGGGACAGCUCCGCCGGCAACGGGGCUGUGCAAAAGAUCAUCAAGGGAAACAGUGAACUCUUCACAGAUACUCAUUGCAAAGUGUGUAAUGCUGUGCUGAUCUCAGAGUCUCAGAGACUUGCUCAUUAUCAGAGUAAGAAGCAUGCCAAUAAAGUGCGCCGCUAUGAGGAACUUCAUCAAGAUGGAGAGCCAGUUGCCAAAAUUAUAAAAAAGAAUAGCAAUGACAGUAGCAAUGGUGAAGUGGAUCGGAAUAAAUACUGCCCUCUUUGUAAUAUGACCUUUACAUCACCUGUUGUUGCCCAGUCCCACUACCAGGGAAAGAACCAUGCAAAAACUUUGAAACUCAAGCAAGCUGAAACUAUGCCAGCACCAUCAGUUGCAGUUGUCCCUAAGGCGGCUGCUGCUCAGCAAUCCAAUGCUGACUCUGCGAACGACGACCCUGACAAGCACUGUAGCCUAUGUCAAGCCUUUUUCAACCAUCCUGCAAUUGCCCAACAACACUAUGUGGGCAAAAAGCACAAGAAGCGAGAGACAAAAAUGAAACUGAUGGAGCAGUUGGGACAAGCUUCCAAUAAUUCUGCAGCUGGUAACGACUACCCUUGUAACACCUGUAACAUUGUACUCAACUCAAUAGAACAGUAUCAGGCACACAUCCAGGGAGCCAAACACCAGGACCAGCUGAAACCGAAGGAUGUCACCCCAGCUCUACAGGAAGAUGAAGAGGUUGUUUGUGAGCUUUUUGAAGAUGUCAUCUAACACUAUUGGCAGGGAGGUUUCCUGGUGAUGAAUGUUACUGACUCGGCGUGGAGGCCAAUUGGCCUGCGUUCAUGUUUGGUUCUGCAAACUUUUCAGCAAAACACUUUUAUAGGAUAAUCAGCCCACAUUUCUGAAUCUCUAGUGUGUUUUGUCUUUCAUUUCUCUCUAAAUUCAUGCAGAAGGCCUAAGAGAUUGAGGGUAAAAUAUCUAGACGUAGUGGCCAGUAACGACCUGCAGUAAAUUGUGGCAAGUCCAUUGCAGUGUCUAUUUAGCAGAGAUUAUACCUAGCUGACUAGUGAUAUCUCACUGAUAUUUCCAGGCGAUGGUCAUUAUGGGUUCAGUGAUUAACUGAAUUUAUUGUGAGAAAUGUUCAAUUUUCUUUACCUUCUGUUUCCAAAACUCAACAGUUAGGUUGCUAUGGAAUCUUUAAAGAAGCAAUGCAGACCUGUGACGAGGCUGAACAAUUUCAAAUUGUUGCAUAACUUUGGUUUGACAGCCUUUGAAUGGCAGCCUAGGUGAGAUCACCUGUUUGGUACAUUUCAUACAAAUGAUUGCACCACUGUUUGAUUUUACAUUAUUUCAGGUGUGAGGUGUUUCCUUUCACUCAUGUAUUACACUACCACAAAUGCCUGACCUAACAUCAGGAUUUUUUAUUGUAUGUUUUCAAUAUGAAUUUUAGUGACUAGGUGCUGAAGUGAAGUUAUCGCUGAAAGGAUGUCUAUUUUAAUUCAUUAAAUUAAGCCUAGCUUUGUGUUUUUUUCAAUUUAUGAAGAAAUUACUAAUUCAAGAAAAUGUUUGAAGAAGUAUUGCUGUCCAAAACUGCUCUCAUUGUGUCCCCAUGUCUGUUGCCCUCUGUGUGAUUUUGCCCUUUUUCAGUAAGUCUGGGCCAUUGGAAUGUCAUGCAGAAAUAAUUUUAUUGCAUUUUUAAUUGGAACUUUCCCUUUGAACUAAUUGAAAGCUCUGAUGUAAGAGAGGUUUUCAUUGUUUUAUUAGUACCUGUGUAUUUAUUCCGAUUGAAAGGUUCAGUGUGUCAUUUGUAAGGAAGAACAUUGUACUGUAUGGAAAAGUUUCUCUCUGAUGCUGCAUUCAUGAAAACCUACAUUUGUGUCAUGCCUUUCACCCAAAAGGAAUAUCUCAACGUGUUUUAGUGAAAUGAAUUACAAGUUAAGUGAAUGUUAUGAAUGCUGCACUUAACAUACUGAAUCUUAACUAAUAAUACAAAUACUUGAAGAAGCUUGUUCUGCUGUUUUCUCUGCGUAACCAAGGCUGCAUUCAAAACUUUAUACAUGUUUAUCUUGUUUGCCUCAAUAAAUCAGAUUCAUGUUGAA